GAAGGAAAAGUUUCUGUUACAGUGAGGUGGAUGUUCCCCGGGGAUGGUGCUGGUGUGACAAUGUAUUUAUAAAUAAUUGCUAAAACGUUGGUGCGUCUUGAAUUAAAAUCGCUUAAAGUGUCACUGGCGAGUAUCUUGUGGGCGAGUGGGGCAGUGUUAUGAAGCUCGGAGAGGAUAGUGGUAUUGGAGUCAUGCUCUUGCUGUCAGAUAUCCUGCAGGGAACAUCUUGAUUUGGUCGAACAUCCUUUCAUCAUUGGCAUAUAAACUGCUUUGAAGAUGCCCUUCGGAUACAAUCGGGAGACCACAAUCAAGAUGAAACCUGGGAAGGCUUCGAAGGCACUUUCUUCAGGAAGGUUAGUAGGCUCUUACAAGCAACGUAGUGGGAAAAGGAGGCUUACAGGUAGAAAAGCUUCAACAAAUUCUGUAGAGUCUGGUUACUCGCUGUAUUCCACAGAUUCUGAAGAUCAGGUUACAGAUAUUCAUAAAGGCCUUGAUCGAUGUGCAGCUUUAUUGCAGGAUAUUUUGAAAAAUGAGACAGCAGAUCAGAAAGUUGCUGCUCUGCCUUCAAAGAAGACAAAUGUUAGAAAAGCAAAAGUGCCUUCCAACAAAGGAGAAAAUAGUAAAAAGGAAGUCAAGAAAAACAGGCCUGUUUCCUGUGCUAUUUGUGUGCAGCAAGAGACUGUUUCAACACCAAAUUUCAAGAGGGUUCCUGAUGCAGCUGAAGUAGAUGUGAACAACACUGCUCAUAUGUCAACGAAGCCAUACUCAACAAUUUCAUCAAGUCAGAACUCUCCUGUUAUAAAUCAUUGCCUCUCUGAUCAUGUACAGACACAAAUGGGUCUUAUAAAUGACCAUGCUCCAGUAGGUCCUUCAGUAAGGAUAUCGCCUCGAUCUUACUACACAGUUUUAGACUCUGGACCCCAAGUUGUGUCAACGUUCAAUUCUCGACUGCCUACCUCUACACCGACUAUGUCUCCAAAGAAUGUUGAGCCUUCAUUAGUAAUACCUUCACAGAAUAUACCCACUGAGCUUUGUGAUCAACCUGUUCUUCAAAAAGGAUUGAACUUUGUACCAGCGUAUUCAUGUUCAGCUACCAUUGUCCCUCCAACACAACCUGUGGUGACUUUUCCUCCAUCUGCAGUCACAUCUGCUGUCACUGCAUAUCCUUUAGCUCAGAUGGUUUGUGACGCUGACACAGGGAGAAGUCACUGCCCACAACAACAACGAAAGGAACAAGAGCUACUGAAGUGUAUCCAGUGUCAUUCAACUCCAAUGCAUCAAGGGGAAGUGUUUCAGCAAGUGGCUUGGGAAGCGCAAGGGACUGAUAAAUCAGAUACUGAGCAAAGUGAUGGGACGAGUGAAGAUGAUCACAUAAAUUUUGUGGAUAUUACAUCAGUAAAAGACACUAGUUGUCAGACAAGCUUUGACAAGCACACAAAACCUAAAAAGCAAAGUCCUGACAAAACAGCCAAGAAAGUGAAAACUAUCAGAUACUUGCUGAGUGAACUGAAGGCUGUAAUUGUUGAUCAAGAUGACUCUGAGGCUCACAGAUUGAUAAUGGAACUGGAGGAUAGUAUCUCUCUACUACCAACUGUGAUUGGAAGCACAAAUGUACAAGCAGAAAUAGCUCUGAGUCUCCAACCUCUACGCAGUGAGAAUGCACAGCUGCGUAGACGAUUAAGGAUAUUAAACCAGCAACUUCGAGAACGGGAAAGAGCUGAAAAAGACUCCAGAUCUGGAGAAAACAACUUUGAAGUGAUUUCCUUGCAGUCCAUGAAUACAACAUUGCAAGCUCAGCUGACAGAGUCUCUGAAGGGGCUGGAAUCUUUGCAAAAGAAAAAUGAAGAACUGAUGAAUGUGAUAGAUAAACAGCGAGAGGAGAACAAACAGCUACUCAAAUUAGUGCAGGGGAAAGAACAGGAUCUGUUUCAGAAGAGCCAACAAUGUGAGAUGGACACAACUCGAGUCAAAAUUGAAGUAGGUGAAGCCUUGACAAAAAUGCGAAACAUUCAGCUUAAGUUGGAGGCUUCCGAGAAGGAAAAUCAAAUUUUGGAAAUAACACUUCGACAACGUGAUGCAGAAGUGAACAGAUUACGAGAACUAACCAGGAAACUGCAAGGCAGCAUGGCAAGACUCCUUUCAGACCUUAGCAUAGAUUGCAUGAAAACCAAACCCACAUCCAGACUUACCAGAAACCUUCUACAUGAAUAUGAGAAACAACUAAAGGAUGUUCCAGGUUUGAGUUCUGUGACAGCUUACCUUAAAAAUCUGGAUAAUAAUGCUGAAUACAACUCUCGAGCUUUACCAUCUGAUAAAGUUCCUGAAUCUGAACCUUUGACCAUGCAAGAUCCCCCUUACUUAACAUCUGCAACCACAGGAACAUGCCAAAAUAAUGUCCUGUCAGCAAAGUCUUCACCCACAAGCUUUUGCAGGUUCAGUGCACAGACUGAAUGCCAUAUUAGUAGAGGAAGUGGGGACUCUACGCUGGAUGAAACCACAUACAUUCCACUAGUUGGCAGUGCCACCAAGCAAGAAAAUGAAUCCGUUGAAAGGAGGAAUUGUAUACCAUUACAUUUGAACAGUGGAUCAAAGAAGUUGCACUAUGACAAUGGAAGUUCAUGUAAUGGAAUGGGAGUAGUGUCAUGUAUCCUGGAAGGUUUACAAAAACCAGAAAAGCCUUUUCCAGAAGAAAUACCUGUUACUCACAACUUAAAGGAAAAGUCUCUGGUAAACAACUGUACAUCAAGAAUGGCAGAGGCAGAAAAUAAGCAGAUUCGGUUGACACAUUUAGACCUAAAUAGUAUUGAUUCUCCACACAAUAUUAUAGAUCUUCCAAAAUCUAAUUUAAAUUCAUGUACACCUCAUUCAGAUCAGAGAAACAGGACAGUAUUGUAUAAAGACAAGUUUUCAGCAGUAGAUUCAAGUUUCUCUAGUAUUGAUUAUAAAUCUGUAAAAUCAGGUUGGAGUAUGUCAUCUAUUUCUUCAUUUAAUUCUCGUGACGAACAAGACUUCAAGAAUAGUUUAGCAGCCCUAGAUGCUAACAUUGCAAGACUACAAAAGAGCUUGCAGGUGGACCUUGAGAUAAAUCGAUCUCAAAAUAUUUAAUAAUGAGUGACCUUUAUCUAUAAAUUGUGUUCUUUGAUUUUUUUUAACAUGAUAUGAUUAGAUUUAAUGGAAUAUUAUUUUUAAUACUGUGCACUGAAUUUUAUA